AAGGAACGCACACACAGGAAACGUUCCUCUAAAGUUCACUUGCUGAACAGCUACAGGGCAAACGCGUCUCGAUAAGGGUUCUUGGCAGUCAAUGGGAUGAUAGUGAAGCGGGUUGGAGUCUGGAUUGAAGGAGCAUGGUGAAGCACCAACCAUUACAGGUCUAUGAGAGACAGCUGUGUUUGUCAUGUCUAACCGGGAUCUACGGAUGCCGCUGGAAACGCUACCAGCGGUCACAUGAUGACACCACCAAGUGGGAGUGUUUGUGGUCCUUCAUUCUCUUCUGCACUUUCUCCUUGUUACUGGUGUGGCUUUACUUCUGGUGGGAGGCUCAUAAUGACUACAGCGAGUUUAACUGGUUUUUAUAUAACCGUUCAGGGGAGUGGAGUGAUGGAACCGUUCCCAUAUUGGCCGCUACAGCAGCUGGUUUCACCUAUAUUGCAUUUUUAAUGAUUUUAGCCCUGUGCCAUGUAGCUGUCGGGCAGCAGUUAAACCUCCACUGGCUCCACAAGAUUGGUGUGACAGCCGGUUUGCUCACUACAAUAAUUAGUGUGAUAUCGGUCACUCAAUUGUGGGGAGAGGAAUGGGAUGUAGUUUGGAUUUCUCUUCAGGCUACUGGUCCUUUCCUGCACAUCGGUGCUUUGGCUGCAGUAACCGCUUUGGCCUGGCUGAUGGCUGGACAGGUGGCACGAGCAGAGAAAACUAGGUUUCAGUUGAUGGUUCUCCUCGUCUACCUGAGUGUUCUCCUCACACUUUACUUCAUUCCGCUGUCAAUCACCUCACCCUGUAUUAUGGAGCGUGGGAGUCUCAAAGCAGCACCCACCAUCAUCGGCCAUCAUGGAGCUCCAAUGCUCGCUCCAGAGAAUUCUCUCCUGUCGUUCAACAGAGCUUUGCAGAGAAAUGUUAGUGGGUUGGAGGCGGAUGUGACCAUCAGUCUAGAUGGUGUGCCGUUCCUCAUGAGAGACCGGACGUUGAGGAGAACCACAAAUGUGAGGAGAGUGUUCCCAGAGAGACAGUAUGAUGAUGCUUCACUCUUCAACUGGACUGAUUUGAGCUCAUUGAACGCUGGCCAGUGGUUUCUAAAGGAUGAUCCCUUCUGGACAGUGCAGUACAUGUCAACGUCCGAGCGCUGGUCAGUGGGGAACCAGACAGUGUGCAGCUUGGAGCAGAUGCUGAAACUAGCGGCUAGGUCCAAGAGCUCAGCCCUAUUCACUCUGCACAGACCACCGCCCAAUCACCCCCACCACCACGACUGGGUCAAUCUCACCCUGGACACUGUUCUGAGGUCAGGAAUACCACAGCGGCAGGUGAUGUGGACGGUGGACAGUAACAGGGAGAUGGUGAGGAAAGCGGCUCCAGGUUUACAGCAGACAACUGUGCAGAAGCUGCCUCUCGACACACUCCAUCAUAAAAGCAUCAGCAGGGUCCUGCUGCGCUACAACCAGGCCUCUGCGCAGGACAUCUGGCUGUAUAAUGAAAACAACAUCAGUCUGACUCUGCAUUCGGUGAACAAGCCGUGGCUGUAUUCCCUGCUGUGGUGCAGUGGAGUGCCAUCCGUCUCCUCCGAGGCCCCGCAGGUGCUGAGGAAGGUGCACUAUCCGCUCUGGCUCAUGAGUCCAGAUGAGUACUGCUUGAUAUGGAUCUCUACUGAUCUCAUCUCCUUUGCUGUAGUUCUGGGAAUAUUUAUAUUCCAGAACUAUCACAUGAUCAGGUGGAGAAUGAGCGGGAUGCGUAGCUACAACCCAGAGCAGAUCAUGCUGAGUGCAGCCGUCAGGAGAGCCAGCAGAGAUGUCAACAUCAUGAAGGAGAAGCUCAUCUUCUCUGAGGUGAGCAACGGAGUCUCCAGCGAUGAACCCUAUACGGAAAAUGGAUUUAACUACUACACCAAUUAAGGCAUUGCUCAUUGACUCAUGGAACGAAAAAUCACAUCACAUUCUGAUCAAGCUUGUGGUGUCUCCUCUCAGCUACUGACUCACCCCUUGCCUACUGUUUAUGAUGGACCCGUGUACAGAAAAUUUAGUUUUUUCUUCCGCUAUUAAGUUGCUUGUUUUAAAUUCUGGACAGUAAAGAGAAGUAGGAAGUGCAGUUCUUCUGUUGACUAUUAGCAAAUCUGUGGCCUCUUCCCCUACGUAACGCUUGAGGAUCCUGGAAUGCUCGUUACUUGCUUCCUAUUGAAAGCAUGCCUGUGAUAAUACAGUGGAUUUCAUCUGUCGGUUUUUGGGGAUUUUAUUUUUUAUAAUCUUCCAUAGCCAGCCAAUGUGGAGUAUAACCUAAUAUGCCAGUUUUUUUUGUUGUUUUUUUAUUUCUAGAUCUUGAUUUGGUGUGAUAUUCAGUCUAAUGAUGCCUUCUGUUCAAAUGGUUGUGAAGAAUAUUUUUAAGAAUAAACAGGUGUUUACAGAGUGCCUGCCUUUAGCCUUCAUUAUAUUUACUGUAUUUAAUAUACCACCUAUUUAGCAUGUGGUUCAGUUGUCAUUUUGGGAGGAAAUCACCCAGCCUUAUUGUCUUGGUCGGUAUGAUGCCAGAUUACAUGGAAAAUUUAGGCUAAUUAGGCUGAAAUGGUGGGAUAAUAGAAACCAAAAUUUAAAGAUCCAUGAAAGAGGGUCUGUUUAAAAUUUAGAUUGGAUUGUGUAGUUGAACACUGUUUAUAAAGGAAGAUGGCUUGGAGUUUUGAUGCUGUGCAAUAUUACUUGGAUGCUGUCCUAUAAUAAAAAGUGUGUUUGAAUAUUGUUCAGUGAUUUUUAUUCCAUUUUUUAAGCUGUUACAUUGUCAUUUUAGUCUCACCCCUUUUGUUUGAGUAGCUUUUCAUGUAUUAAAUAUUUUGUUCAGGGCUUCCCAUUGCGGAGAUGUCCUGACCUUUUACUUAAUAUUGUAAAUGUGAGAUGUGACAUUGUACACAGUGACUUGUGCUGUUACACAGAGGACGAGGCUGAACGAUUGUGCUGUUUGAUGUUUUUAUUUUGUAUUGAUGUGUUUAAGAGGUUGAUCAAUAAAAAA